GCAGUGUGUGGCCGAUGGCGGAGGGAUACGUGCUUAUAAAGGGGAGAGGCUUUCACUCGCACCUCUAGCACUCUGUAGAGUUGCGUGAGUUGGUCAGAUUGGCUUUAGCUGCUUUGUGGAAAUACCAGGAGUAAACCUCAUCCCGAGACCGCCAUGGCUGAUCAACUGACAGAAGAACAGAUUGCUGAAUUUAAGGAGGCUUUCUCAUUGUUUGACAAAGAUGGUGAUGGUACCAUCACAACUAAAGAACUUGGGACAGUUAUGCGAUCUCUUGGUCAGAACCCAACAGAGGCUGAGCUUCAAGAUAUGAUCAAUGAAGUAGAUGCUGAUGGCAAUGGAACAAUUGACUUUCCAGAAUUCCUUACCAUGAUGGCAAGAAAAAUGAAAGAUACAGAUAGUGAGGAGGAAAUUCGUGAGGCAUUCAGAGUCUUUGACAAGGAUGGCAAUGGUUACAUAAGUGCAGCAGAGCUCCGCCAUGUAAUGACUAAUCUAGGAGAAAAAUUAACAGAUGAAGAAGUAGAUGAAAUGAUCAGGGAAGCAGAUAUAGAUGGUGAUGGCCAAGUCAACUACGAAGAAUUCGUACAGAUGAUGACUGCAAAAUGAAGUCUCCUCACCUUUUUCCCCUCUAGAAGAAUCAAAUUGAAUCUUUUACUUACCUCUUGCAAAAAUGUUCAUUUACUCAUUCUGUUUCUGUAUAGCAAAACUGAAUGUCAAGAAAUACCUUAUGUCCACAAAAAUCUGCAUGUAAUGGUUGGUGGUCCUGUUCCCAAAAGAAUCAGUCUAAACAUCAGUUUUACAGUAUAUAAAUACUUGUACUACCUUAAACAACAAGGAAGCACUUAGUGGACUCCUUACGUUCCAUUUGCUAAUGAUUACUCCACUGUUUGGGCUGGCCAGUUUUACAUGCAUGCAGCUUGACAAUUGAGCACAGUCAGAUCUUUGUAUUUAAAACAGAUAAAAAAAAACAAAAAAAAAAAACAACUCAACCCCCACUAUCUUUGGUGGAGUGUGUUUCAAUUUGUAGUUUAAAUUGUCAUAGCUGGUUUACUUUAAAAUUGGUUUAUACCUCAGAAUGGUAUGCAGCAAAAUGGCUGAAGGAUGCAAAUUGUGAGGAAAGCCCCUGAUCGUUGAAGGGUUCUUUUGUACUUGGUGUGCUCCCAAUAUCUUAACUCUGGAUGGCAUGUCUGUUCUAAUAUUGGUUUAACAUUGUUUGCAUUGCACUAAAGUGAAACGGGUGUCAGGCUGUUACCGUUCACAAAAUUAAGAAUCCUUCACCAAGCAGAGCAUUUUGUUUGGACUCGUUUUAAAAUCUUCUGUACCUGACUUGGAGCCGGCAGAGUAACCUAUACCUAUAUAGGACUUCAGCACAACGAUCAACAUGGCUGUUCAAGAAAUGUCAAUGUCCAUUCCAAGUUGUAAAUUCUAGGGGUUUUUUUUUUUUUUUCAAUAAAAGACCAUUGUAAUUUUUUUGUUGUAAAACUAAUUUAUUCAUCCAUGUACAGUUUUAUUUGGUUUCGCUAGCUGAAGAUACUACCUAGUUGUAUCUGUAAUGUUGUCUUCCUCCUUCUAUAUCUUCACUUUAUUUAGCAUUGAUACCUUGGUUGUAAUCUUAGAGAAGGCUGUUCUCGUGUGUACAUUUUUUGCUGAUGGGCAGGUUUCUGAUGCUGCAGUAUGUGCAGAUAACUGUUACACCAUCGGCAGAGAUUAUGCUGUAAAUAGCCAUGUUUAGUUCUUCCGAAUGCUUCGGUUUUUUUUUGCGAUGUGUCUGAAUAUCACUUAAUGUUUGCAUCAAUCUAUGCUUUUGACUUCUGUGAUAUUUUUUUUAAGGUUGUAGGCACUGCACAUAAACCUUUUUUGCAUGCACAAACCAGUACAGUAUAUUCUAGCUGUAAAAUGAACUUGUUUUGAGGAAUAAAAGUGUGAAUCCUAGGUAUUAACCUGUUAAA